GAUCUGCAGGCUGAUCCCCGCUGGGAGGCUCUGGCUGGGUGUGUCGGGCCCGAGGUGUGUCCGCUGACUCACAGCCAGCAGGCGACAGACCCGGCAGCUCACAUUAACGUCGGCAGUCAGAGCACCGGCGGAGGCGCAGACACACAUCAAGCUUUCACUCUCACAAACCACCAACUUUUUUUUUUAUUCUUCCUUUUUUUUUUCUUCGGGAACCAAGAAGAAGUGCGUCAAAGGGGAAAGAAAGUGGGAACAAACUAAAAAAUAAAAAAUGGCGAAUGUUUUUAUUUUUAACAUCUGCCUAUUGUUGGUCGUGUCCGGUGUGGAGUCGUGCUACGUGCCGAGCUCCCUUCACGUCCUGGUGCCCAGAACCGUCCGGCGCGGACACGAGAUCUCCAAAGUUGACGUCUCCGACUGCGCCGAAUUUAUCACCAGCGAUCCGGACUUCACGGUAACGGCUCACGGGGAGAUCAAAGCCGCGGCUCAGGUAGCGGUGACGGCAGCGGGGCUCACAUUUUCUGUGUGGGCUCGGGAGAGAAAUGGGUCGACGAGUGAGAUGAAGGUCCACCUUGUGCUGGACACCCUGGAGGAGAGCCAUACUGGCCAAGGCUACCUGAAGCGCUCCAAAAGGCGCUGGAGUCCUCCACCCUUCAAUAUACUGGAAAAUGAUAAGGGACCUUAUCCGAAGGACAUUGAAGUGAUCGUGUCAGAUUCAGACAUCAAGCACAACGUUUACUACACCUGCAGCGGACCUGGAGUCAAUGAGUUUCCAGCGGGAGUGUUCUCUCUCCACCGUGAGACCGGGAUGUUGACUGUGCACAAAGCAGUGGAUCGUGAGGAGUUUCCGCUCUUCAGAAUCGUGGUCAGUGUUUUUGACCAACACACACGUCAGCCGACAGACCUGCCUCUGCCCAUCGAAAUCAAGGUCGACGAUGUGAACGACAACGCUCCACAAUUCUCAGGCCCGCUACAGUUUGUUGUGCAGGAGCGAUGCAGCAAAGGGACCCAGGUGGGGCAGGUGAUCGCCACGGACAGAGACGAACCAGGAUCCCGCCAUGUUUUGAUCAAGUACGCCCUCUUGACUGGACUAGACCUGUUUACUAUUGAUGGAGCCACAGGUGUUAUCAGCACAGCAACUCACACCCUGGACAGAGAGGUACAAGCCCAGCAUUUGGUGACUGUUCAAAUCAAAGACUUGGGCGGCGACCCACAUUGUCUGUCCAGCACCGCGACAGCAACGAUUCAACUGACCGACAUCAACGACAACCCGCCAACUUUCACGAAAUCAUCCUAUGACGUCAGCGUGCCGGAAAAUGAAAGCGAAAAACUUAUCCUUCGAAUUCCCGUCGAAGAUAAAGAUUUGAAGAACACGCCCAACUGGAUUUCAAAGUUUGUCAUCACUAAAGGGAACGAAAAUGGAAACUUCAGGAUUGAUACUGACCCCAAGACAAAUGACGGGCUUCUGUACGUCGUAAAGCCCUUGGAUUAUGAAGCAAACAAAAAUGUAAAGCUCGAGAUCACGGCAAAAAAUCAAGCUGAGCUGAACGGCACCGACGCCCAGUGGAUGUCCAUCCCCGUGAAUGUCGCCGUCACCGACGUGGACGAAGGCCCACAGUUCAGCGCUCCCACCGUCCGCUUCCUUGUCAAAGAGAACACACCAAAUGGCACAGUGAUAGGAACUUACAAAGCUGUGGAUCCCGAGACCAAGAGCAGCGAGGGCAUCAAGUAUUACAAGACCUCAGACCCAGCCUCGUGGAUCACUGUCGACAAAAACACCGGAGAACUGAGGGUCGCCAACACAAUUGACAGAGAGUCGCAGUUCGUCAAGGACGGCCUUUACAACAUCACCGUGAAGGCAGUCGAUGCUAACUCCAAGACGGGAACGGGAACCGUCAUCCUUCAGGUGGAAGACGUCAACGACAACGUGCCGGAGCUCCCCACCGACGACCUGGUGCUGUGCGAGGUGGAAGGGAAGCUGGGCUCCGUCGUGGUUAACGCCGUAGACAAGGACAAUGCUCCCCUCUCUUCCCCUUUCAGCUUUGCCUUGCCUCCUGACAACGAUGGCAAAUGGUCUGUGACCAACCUGAAUGACACAGCCGGCACGUUGCAGCAGAUGAAAGAGCUUCCUACGGGGAUAUACAAAGUCCCCAUGAAGGUUACAGAUCUGCAGGGUUUCGGUCGGGACCAGACGGUGAACGUAAGGAUCUGCCAGUGCAGGAAUGGAGUGUGCUUGGCCAAGGAUCGCUCUGUGACAUUAGGGGGAAUGGGCAUACUGGCUUUGCUGCUGCCUCUGGCCCUCCUCCUCCUGCUGCUUCUACUCCUCGCAUUUUUCUGCCUGACAAAGAUGGAGAAAGUGCAGAUGGAAGAUGGCGGAGACAGUGGAGGAAUCCUGCUCAAAUCAAACACAGAGGCCCCCGGGGACGAAGUGGACUCCAGUCUCAUUGUCCCGCCUUUCGAACCGGCAGCAAAGGGCGACAUUAAGGGCAACAUGCUGAAUGCAGCGUGGCCGGGGAACAAGAGCUCGAGCACGAUCGGAGCCAACAGCGUGCACGACGCCGGGAUUUACAAGGGCGGCAUCUCCACAACUAAUAUGCAAGAGUUCUACUCUGGCCAGUACGACAGCCAGUACGACGCUCAGUACGGAGGUCAGCUGCUCGGUAGCGCCGUCAACUUUGACAACAGACAAGUUGUCCAGGACCCAGCCUUCGUGCACACCUGGCAAACAAACGGCCGCUACCUACAGCAGAAGCUGGGAUAUCUGGGAACGGCGGAGGACGAGCGGUUCGCAGACGACAUCGUCCACUCAUACAGGUACGAGGGGGCGGGCUCUGCUGCCGGCUCCGUGGGAUGCUGCAGUGACAAUGGCGACACAGAUAACCUCGACUUUCUAAACACACUCGGGCCAAAGUUCAAAACUCUAGCGGACGUCUGCAGAAAGUCGUGAACAGUGACCCUCCAGAAUAAUAGUGUUUACUUUUCGUUGUACAGGAUGUAGAGGCCUCUGAUGUGAGUGCUCGGUAAGCCCCUGAGCAUGAGUGAGAAAAAGAACUAGCGGGUGUUGGGAGUGCGCUUGUGUGCACUGCCUGGUUGUCGCUUUGUGUUUGUUGUAUUUUCUUUGCUGCUUUUUGGUAAAAGUCUUUUGCACUGAAAACUAUGCGGAUGCAGUUAGUUGUGUACAUACUGUGUGUGUUGUGUAUCCCUGUGUUUUAAUAUGUCGUUUUGCAGCUUCAUACAGGUUUCGUGAUGGGCUGAGGGUUUUGUUUUUUUAUCAGUUGGUAAUUUUGGGUAUGUUUUUUUAAAAUCAUUUCUAAUCCACAGUAAAUAACCCAGUUUUGCAAUCAUGUGGCUGAUUUAGUUUCUAAACAAAAGUGUUUACAGUUUUUAAAAAUAUAUUUGUAAAAAAUUAUGAAUUAAAUAAGACUAAUACAACUGCCUCGAACAUAUUUCACACGACAACAUUUCCUUUAAAAAGACAUGCCUAUUAUUACCACCAGUCUUAAACAACAGCGCUGAUUGACUUGUAGCGGUUUUCCAAACCGCACAUUUCUUGUCUUUGCAAACACAUUCCAAUGCAGCUCCUGACCGGCAACUGGGCGUAGUUUCAUCCCUCUGUCACCGAGGUUAUUGCGACAUUCUGACAGUAAUCCUGUGAAAGUCAGCACAAGGGCGUGAACGGGAGGGGUGAGGUGUUACUGACUCUGCCUGCAACUGUCUGAAUACAAUUCUGGCUUGAUGUGAGCGAAGCCUAAUGAUUCAGAAAGAUGCCAAUGAACUUGCUAAUGAAAAGGGAUCUUAAGGUUCCCACAUGUGUAUAAUAGGCUGUUGAAGUUGUAAUUAUGCAUGAACAGUACAAGACUGUUUCUAUUGUUGAAUCUUUUUCUACUGUAGCAGAUGUAGUUUUGUCUUAAGUUUAAUUUAAAGGACUUAUAAUUUCAAAAGAAUACGUUUUGCUGUUGAACAUGAGCUGUUCCGCCGAGAAGCACUUUGCUUCCAGCUCAGACCUCGUGUUACAGCAUGCUUUGUGUAAAUGAACAUUACGUUGUAAAAUAAACCAACCGACCAACAAAA